AUGGCAGCUGGAGGCGGCUGGGCUUCACUGCCCAGUGUUGUCCUUGAGCACAUUUUUUCGAAGUUGUCGCCCAAAGACAGGAUCAGCGCAGCUUCGACCUGCCACAGAUGGAGGGACUUUAUGUUUCUUCCGCAGUUCUGGCCGGUGAUAACCUUUAAUUUGAGCUACAAAGGCCGUCCUAGGUCCAGGUUUCUGAGCUCCAAAUGCGCGAAAUUUGUAAGGGAAGCAAUAAUUGAGUUCAAUUCCACUCGAAGCUCACAGGUGUGGGACUGCGCACGUCUUUUGGAGUUGCUGUCAAGGAAUGGGCAGUUAGAAUGCAUUUCUCUGCGACCCUCGAACUGCUAUUUCGACGAAGGAGAUGAUAGUUUGGAAAGCUUUAUUGAAUCCCUGCAUCUGGUGGUGAAAAGAAACAGACGUCUUCUUCAUUUAUCCUUGGGCUGUACUGAGAUUCUUCUGCACAAUUCUCAGGAGGUGUUGAACCUGCUCAUAAAGUACCAUGCCCCAUACCUUCAGUCUUUGCAUCUUGCCAGUGUAAAAGAAGAUUCUAGCUCCUAUGAUAUUCCGAUGAUUGGACUGGACAGAAUCUCAGCGUUUUCAAAUCUUAGGUCACUCAGUUUGGAUUAUGAUUUCCUCACCCCGAAACUGAUGUCAAGCCUGGCAAGUCGCCAGCAUAACUGUAUCCCAUUGAGCUGCUUGUUUGUGCACGUCCAUCGAGUUGGUCAGCAACAGCCCUCGGACAUCAUGUGGAAAAAAGUCGUGGAGGCCAAUCCAACAAUGGAGUUGACUUUGAACCUUGUUCAUUCCCCAGAAGGCCUUCAGGCUCUUCUAGACAUUCUCAGACCUUCCAUGCCCCUGACACAUUUUCGACAGUACUUUUGUGGGGACAUAAGUGUAGCCUCACUGAAUAUUAUCAGCAGACAUUACCGUUGCACACUUCGCUCUCUGACCAUUGUUGAAGCUAUAGACCUUCAGCCUAUAAUCUAUAGCAACUAUAACACAGAGGACCCUUUUGUCAUGCUAGCUUGGCGCUGCACAAGACUUGAAUCACUAAAGCUCAUUGGGGUGUCAAUGGACCAGAAAGACCUAGUAGCAAUAGCCCGUUUGAGGGCCAGUCUCCACGAAUUAGUGGUUCCGUCUUGCUGUGUGUUUUGGAGUGAAGAGGAUGCAGAUUACUGCAAUGAGGAUGAGGCCCUCUUGGACCUACAGUUUAAGGUAUCUGAAAGUCUUGGCAGACGUUGGCAGCUGUUGCCAAAAUUCUGUGUCCCCCCUGCUGUUUUCUACAGGGAUGCUGAUGCUGACAAUGCAUAUAUGUCAGAGUUACUGGAGGACCAAGUGUGGCGGAUGAUUACCUAG